AUGUCUAACGAUAUUCCACUGAAUCAACUCCAGCCAAACAUGAAUUCUUUCAAUGUAACUGCAAUUGUUUUGGAUCAAGUAGCAGAUGCAACUGGAUCGAUCAAUGCUUCUCUAAUGAAUCCGGAGUUUACCGAGACGUUCAGGCCUGGUGAUAUUCUGAAAUUUCGAGGAGCCUACACUUCCAUUUUUCAGAGCGGUCUCACACUGUCACUUGGAAAAAAUGGAGAAUGUAAAAAGAUUGGCGAAUUCAUGAUGAUCUUCUCAGAAACCCCAGAUAUUAGUCAGAUGCCUCUUCCAGCUGGAGUGACCGAUAGAAGAGCAGACAGGCAUUCGCCAACUGGAAACCGAUAUCAAAGACAGUGA